AUGAACGGGACUCCACGACUGCGGUCAGCCUUCCCGAAUACGCCCAAACCUGAUCCACGCCAUCGAAGAGCAUCAAAUCAUGACCGGACGAGUUCUUCACUACUCGCUUCAUCGCCGCUGGCGAAGCCAAUACGGGUGCUAGCAGCGCACUCGAAGAAGCCAGAAGAGCGAUUGAUACCCUUCGAUGUUGUCGAUGCGCCUACCCAACGAUUCUACAUAGUCUCAGCAUACAUCUUGCUAUGGGCAUGGCGAUUGUACAAUGCAUACUAUAUUACUAGCGAUUUGGAUUCGAGUUGGUACUUCUUGCAGUGGUCAGGCUUCGACGCUGCUUUCUUCAUUGUGCUGAGCUGGCUUCAAAUACCAUGGCUGGAGUUCUCGAUAACGACAUCGACUGUGCUAUGGAUUUUUCAUACGAUUGCGAAUGCUUUCCUUAUGUUCAAGAUACCAAUACCAAUACUCUUCUGGCUAGGUAGCCUGACAAAGGUGUUCUACGACCGAGAGCUCUCCAUUUCCGAGCAAAUGGUCAAGCCAGCCAAUAUCCUGCAGAAUUCUUCCAUCAUACUGGGGCGGCAGAUCAUUCACAUCCUCCCAGAAGGCUCUGCUAUCCUCAAUCCAGAGAAGCUGUCAUUCUGCAUUGAUACAAACACUCCAUAUGUGGAUCUACCUCUUCAGAUCAACCAAACAUCGCCCAUAUUGAUCGAUCUCAUGCGAUACGAUUUGGCCGGCGGUGUCGACGAGCACAUCGAGAUUGGGAACAAGCAAGCCAGGGCACUGAAGAAGGAAGCGGACAAAGGUCACCCGAAGACAGACUCAAGUACCCCUCGGCUCUUGCGAUAUCGUGUCAACAAGACUGGUCUUUACCGACUGGAAAGAGUCAUCGACGAAUCCAAAUUGGAGGUCAGACGGAGGAGUCACGACAUUGCCGUGGUAGACUGCCCUAAAGCACUCGUUACGAGCAGUGCCGAACAUGGUUGUACCAACGACUUCAGUAAGACCUCUAUCGGUGUCAAUGGGGUGCCCCCUUUCAGGGUCAAGUACAGCAAGAGAAUCAACCGAGAACAAUUCAGCUCGAUCGUGCAGAGCAUCCAAGCACCUCAGCUACAGGAUGGCCUGACCUCCGAUGGGACCGUUGCCACCACCUCGGACCCCUCGCGGCCACCGAUGGGCCGCAUACAAUCGGCCAGCGUCUCUUUCGACAUCAACGAGAUACUGAACCAGAAUGGAACCUGGACGUACGUCGUCGAGGACGUUGAGGACGGACUGGGCAAUACCGUUGUCUAUGAUACAACCAGUGAGAAGGACAUGGUCAAGGCCAGACGUGCAAGCUCACUGACUGUCCAUCAACGGCCAAUCCUUGAUCUGGUGAACUGCAACAGUGAAAAGCCUCUUCGAGUUGCGAAAGAGGACAAUGUUGCGCUGCCAGUUCGAAUCCGACCCAUCGGACAGUAUCCCGCAUCAGAUUGGCCAAUGAAAUUGAAGUACACCUUCACGCCGGAGACUGACGGUGAUGUCCCUAUAAUCGAGGACAUCGUGCAUGAGCUCUCGAAUGGAAAGGAGGCCAGUCGACCGCGGAUAAGUCGUGCCGGCAGAUACAGCCUCGAUUCCAUUGAGUCUCAGUUCUGUCUCGGUGAAGUCGUCGAGCCAUCAUCUUGCCCAUUGUACAAUCCGCCUAAGCCUGCGGUCGCUCUCAAUGUUGAGAAUCUGUUCGACAAAUGUGCAGGAAAUCCGAUUGGUAUGACAGUCAACCUCGACUUUACGGGCACACCGCCGUUCAAAGUACGGUACAGCGUCGAACACAACGGCAAAGUGACGCCCAAAGUGCAGACCUUUGACAGUCUCCGUGGUCAGAUCGAAUUCAAAGAGAAGGCUGCUGGUUCCUAUGCCUAUCGCUUCCUUGGAGUCGGGGAUGACGUCUACUCUGAUGUCUCCCUCAAAGAGCUCAACAGAGAGCAGGAAAUGCACUUUAAGCAAGACAUCAAACCUCCAUCGACUGCCGCUUUUGCAGACGGCAAGAAGCUACAGGAGAUCUGCUUCGGAGAGACUGCAUCGUUACCAGUGCGAUUCUCAGGAGAAGGUCCUUGGGACCUAGAAUACGAGAUCGUCCACAACGGCAAGCGGAAGAAGCACAGCAAACACUCGGAAGAGGACUUCAACUUCGUCGAGAUGCCGGAACAGCCAGAAGGAGGAGACUACACAAUCGUACUGACUGGUGUCGAAGAUCGAUUGAAGUGCAAAACCACUCUACAGGAGCAACGCAGCAUUCGUGUCCGUCCCGAACAACCACAAGCAGCCUUUGGUGAUAUCGACGGAAAGCGCAUAGUCCGUGCUCUUGAAGGCAAGACUGUCAGUCUACCGCUACGGCUGCGAGGCAACGCGCCCUGGACUGUACAAAUCAAGAACCUCGAUGAUGGCUCGCGUGCGACUGAGCAGACGUUCAAACACCCAAACGACAUCUUUCACGUCAAUCGACCCGGCACCUACGAGAUCAUUCUGCCAAGCGACGAUUCCAGCCUCUCAAUAGCAUUGACCGGGAACCCGCCCUUCAGACUCAAGUACUCUCAGAAAUACGAGCCUGCGCGUGGCGCCUCCGCCAUCAGCAACAAACCACUAUCCGUCGCUGGAGGCGUAGCAACCAUCAAUCUCGAUACCAGCAAAGCCGGUGAAUACACUUACACCUUCAACGAGCUCAGUGACGACCGCUACACUCACAACAGUCGCCACUUCCACGACAUCGCUGUGAAACAGCACAUUCACGGCCUCCCCACCGCAAAAUUCACCAGCCCGGGCAAAACAUACGGCUACUGCAAAGACGACCCAUCCUUCGACACGACCAACCCUGAAACAGAGUCCAUUCCUAUCACCUUGACCGGCACUCCACCAUUCUCCCUCGAAAUCGCGAUACUUCACCACGGCGUUUCUACCAAACCCGAAAUCAUCCGCGUGCGAGACAUCACCUCCACCAGCUACGCCUGGCCCCUCAGCCGCUCCAGUCUGGACAUCGGCAGCCACAACGUGCAGAUCCGGGGCAUCAAGGACGCCCACAAUUGCCAGAACUUCUUGGAGUCGGACUCGAGCGCCGUACGCAUCGCCGUCUCCUCACCGCCUACAAUCAUUCCGCUCGAGUCCCAAACGGACUAUUGCGUCGGUGAGCAUGUCUCAUUCAGCCUGUCAGGCCAAGCCCCCUUUGAGGUCUUCUACAACUUUAACAAGAAAGAGCGAAAGGCCAAGAUCUCCAGUGGCAGCGAGUUCCGUCGCAUCGCUGAAAGUCCAGGCGAGUUCACCAUCACGGGCGUGUCGGACAGCGCGAUGGGCCGGGGCUCCAGUCCUGGGAAGUCCUGUCGCGCAAGGAAAGACAUCACGAAAUUCAUCCACCCGUACCCCUCAGUCAAGAUCAGUCACGGACGUACACUCGUCAGCGAUAUCCACGAGGGCGGCGAGGUGGAGAUACUGUUCGAGUUCACUGGCACUCCGCCGUUCGAGUUCACCUACACGCGCUCAGAGAACGUCGGAGUGAAAGGGAAAGGCGCGGGCAGUAGAGCCAAAGUGCUCGAGACGCGCCACGACACGAGUUCGGAGUUCAGCAAACGGGUGAGGGCGAGUGAUGAGGGCACGUAUGAGGUUGUGGCGAUUAAGGAUCGGUAUUGUGCGUAUGCGCGGGAUAGUCAGGGGAGUGGAGGCGGCGGUGGUGGGAAGGGGCAGAAGUUGCUGCAGUACUGA